AACUGAUUCUACAACUAAAUGAAAUCACCUGAAACCUCCUUUACUUGAUCUUACGUCCUCACAGAGACAAAGACGCUUCUGAAGGGACUGGCAUAUUAACAGGGCACAAUGUUUAAUUCGUUGUGGCUCAUUCUCAUAUUGGAUUUUGGAAAUGUACCUCCAGUCGAAUCGUUUCUGAGGUUGAUGAAUGGUAUUGGUUUUUGUUCUGGGCGAGUGGAGGUUCUUUAUAAUGGAACAUGGGGAACAGUGUGUGGUGAUUACUGGAAUCAAUCACAUGCUGCAGUGGUGUGUAGAGAGAUGGGCUGUGGGGAUGUGAUAGAGGCAAUGCCUGAAGCUUAUUUUGGAGAAGGUUCAGGACAAAUAUGGAUGGAUGAUGUAAAUUGCACUGGCACAGAGUCUUCACUGAUGGACUGUGAGACACUUGGAUGGGGAACACAUGAUUGUGAGCAUUCAGAAGACGCUGGAGUCAUAUGUGAAGACUUUAUUAGGUUGAUAAAUGGUCCUGACUCUUGUUCUGGACGAGUGGAGGUUCUUCAUGAUGGUCAGUGGGGAACAGUGUGUGAUGAUGGAUGGGAUCAAACCGAUGCUGCAGUGGUGUGUAAAGAACUGAAUUGUGGGAAUGUGAUUGAGGCAAAGAGUGCUGCUUAUUUUGGACCAGGUGUAGGACCAGUAUGGAUGGGUGAUGUACAGUGUACUGGGACUGAGGCUUCACUUGUGAACUGUACAUCAACAACAUGGGGAAUACAGAACUGUGAACAUUUAAAAGAUGCUGGAGUCACCUGUAACAACGUGAAGCUGGUCGAUGGUUCCAGAGAGUGUGAUGGAAGAGUUCAGAUUCUGUAUAAUGAGCAGUGGGGCGCAGUGUGUCACUCAGGCUGGGAUCUAGCAGAUGCUACAGUGUUGUGUCAAGAGCUUAACUGUGGAGACAUUGCUGAGCCAAAAGCAUAUGUGCAACCUUCAGAGCAAAUAUGGAUGGAUCAAGUGGCUUGUACAGGAAAUGAGUUGACAGUGCAGGACUGUCCUUUUACUGGUUGGGGUGUGAGCAGUUGUUUGGAUGGACUUCAUGCGGGAGUUUUUUGCCAAAAAACUGUAAGAAAAGUUUUGGUCAGGGUUGUGGUGAAGGCCGAGAGUGGAGUCAAUGUCAAUGAUCCAGAUAUCAAGAACAAGCUUUUGGAUAUGGUUGGGAAGGUGAUUGGAAGUAAAGGAAAGUAUACACAAUAUUGGAGAAUACAGCCUGAUGGGCAAGUUUUUCACAAACAGAGAACAGCCACAGGUCUUUUCUGAAUGACCAAAAAGGCAGAAAACCGACUCUAAUCCUAAUUAUAAUCAGAAUCAGAAUGAGCUUUAUUCACCAAGUGUGCACAAACAAACAAGGAUAAUUUUGUAGUUUCCAAGAGCUCUACAUAAAUACAACACAAG